AUGAACUUAAAGCUGUCUUUUGAAGUUGAAGCUCAAUUUUGUGAAUUGGUAACAUGGUUCCAUGACUUUAAACAGCGAAUAACAGCAAAACUGAUCUAUAGACGAGCCGAGUUUGCCGAAAUACAACACAUGCUCCAGGAGGAACAGAAAUUUGUUGGAGAGCUCGAGUCUAAGGAUCAUCUUUUCCGUGCUGUUGGCACCAUGCUUUCGAAACUGGCAGCUUCUUUUUCUCGCUUUUCGUUGCCCAGCUGGUCCGAAACGGAGCUGACAACUUUGAAUCACUCAACAUCCACGUUGAAUUUGACGGCGAGAGAUGCUCCUAUUUCAAACAUUCCCCCGAGAUCUUCAUCUCCCAUUGUCAAACUAGUCCGCAUCUUGGAGGAGGCUAGUGUUCAGCUGCCACGAGAACGGGACUUACUCGUAUCUUGCUUAAAGCGAAGACAGACAAGGUGUGGCCAAUAUCAAGCAUAA